CGCAAUCCUUGUCAUUUGAGCACUGCAAAACGUGGUUUCCUGACCGCGUUCUUCAAUUAUGGAAACGACCGAUCGCAAUCAGCAAUCUGCCGAUCCGGAAUCGUAUUUCGACAGUUAUGAAGACCUCAAGAUUCAUGAAAUAAUGCUCGCUGACAAACCCCGCAUGGCUGCUUACCAGAAAGCUAUUGUCGGCAAUCGGACUCUGUUCGAGGGUAAAACAGUACUUGAUGUCGGGGCCGGCACGGGCGUACUGUCCAUAUUUUGUGCCCAGGCCGGAGCCAGUAAAGUUUUUGCUGUAGAGGCGUCAAACUUGGCUCGCCUGGCUCGAGCCGUGGCUGAGGAAAACCAAUUCCAGGAUGUGAUAGAAGUGAGCGAGUGCAAGGUAGAGGAUUUCAAACUGCCGGAAGGUGUACGAGUGGACAUUAUCGUGUCCGAGUGGAUGGGAUUCUUUCUCCUGCACGAAGGCAUGCUCGAUUCGGUGUUGUACGCACGGGACAAAUUUCUACAGCCAAAUGGGUUGAUGUUUCCGGACACUGCGACGCUUUACGUUGCGCCUUGCAGUGUACCAACACGAUUCGAUCAGUGGGAAAACCUAGCAGGUGUUAGUAUGCGCUGUUUCGGAAGAGCACUGCGCGAUCAGAACUCCGGAAAUCCAGAAGUAUUGACCGUCGCGCCGCAACACCUGUUGCACGAAGGACACAUUAUUGCGUGGUUCGAUCUGAUGGAAGUAUCUUCCGAAGAGCUAAACACUUUCGAAGUUAAGGAUGUGCUAGUGGCGCAAAGGACGGGCAAAUUGCAGGGGUUUUGUAUCUGGUUCGAUUGUACUUUUCCGGGCAACGAACAGGAUCAUCACAUGCUGGAGCACACAUCACUUUCCACAAAUCCAUCUGCUCCGGAAACGCACUGGAAGCAGACCGUUAUUCCACUGCCACAGGAAGCAUGCGAAGAGCUGGAGGAACGAGACCCCGUUGCGUUUAGUCUUUCGAUGACACGCAAUAAGGAAACGAAGCGAAGGUACGAUCUACAAUUAACAUUAUUGGAUCCAGAGAAAGAAGAACAUCAUCUACCGUGUGAAUGCCACAUGACAAAGUGUAUUUUAAUGAAGACACACCUGGAAAAAAUGCAAGUGGACACAUAGCGUAUCAAUAGUGCAA